GCACCUGUGGCAUAUGGAAGUUCCCAGGCCAGGGGUUGAAUCAAAGCUGCAGCUGCUGGUCUACUGCCACAACCACAGCAGUGCAGGAUCUGAGCCACAUCUGUGACCUAUACCGUAGCUCAUGGCAAUGCCAGAUCCUUAACUCACUGAGCAGGGCCAGGGAGGAAACCCAUGUCUUCAUGGAUACUAGUCAGGUUCAUUACUGCUGAGCCACAUCAGGAACUCUUAAAAGCAUUAAUAGAUGCUUUUUCUGCAUCUGUUAAUAUGAUCAUGUGAUUUUUCUUCUUUAGCUUGUUGAUAUGAUGGAUUACACUGGUUGAUUUUUGAACACUAAAUCAGCCUUGCAUACCUGGAAUGAGUCCCAUUUGGUUAUAGUGUUUCUUUUUUAAUUUUUUUGAUUUGAUAAUACUUUGAAGAUUUUGCAUCUAUGUUCAUAAGAAAUAUUGGUCUGUUGUUUUCUUGUGAUAUAUCUGUCUGGUUUGGGGAUUAGAGUAAUAUUGGCCUCAGAAUGAGUAAGAAGUAUUCUCUUUGCUUGUGUCUUCUAAAAGAGAUUGUAGAAAACUGGUAUGGUUUCUUCCUUAAAUGUUUGUUAGAAUUUUACCAGUGGACUCAUCUGGGCUUCCUGCUUUGUUUUAGAAGGUUAUUAUUGAUUCAAUUUCUUUAAUAGAUAUGGGCUUAUUCAGGUUAUCUAUUUUUUUCUUAGGAAUUUUGGCAGAUUGUGUCUUUGAGGGAAUCAGACCAUUGCAUCUAGUUUAUCAAAUAUGCAGGCACAGAGUUCUUCAUAAUAUUUAUAAUACUUUUAAUGUCCAUGAUAUAUGUAGUGAUGUUCUGUUUCAUUUCUGAUAUCAGUAAUUUGUGUCUUUUCUUCUUAGCCUGGCUAGAGGUUUAUUGAUUUCACUAUUUGAAGAACCAGCUUUUGGUUUUAUCAGUUUUUCUCUGUUGAUUUCCUGCUUUCAGUUUCAUUGGUUUCUUUCUUUUCAUCAUCUCAUUAUUUUUUUCCUUCCGCUUAUUUUGGAUUUAAUUCGCUCCUCUUUUUCUUAUUUCCUAAGAUGGAAACUUAGAUGGUUGAUUUUAGAUCUUUCUUUUUUUUCUAACAUAGGCACGCAAUGCUAUAAAUUUCUAAGUACUGCUUUUACCCACCCUACAAAUUUUGAUAAGUUGUAAAGACACAGGCAGUGCUAAGGAAGAAAUUUCAGGCUUAGAAAAUUUUAGCGAGGAAGGCCAUUUGUUGUACCAAGUGUUCCUUCUACAUAGCAGUCCCAGCGUUAUGAUGAGCAAGGGAGAGGAAAAUAAAGCACACUCCUCUCACCAAACACAUCCACGUACAGAUGCACCAUUAGAUCAGAGAUUUAAGAUGUAGUCUAGCCUAACUACAUUUUGCAGGUGAGGAAUCAAAUUCAGAUUACAAUAAUUCUUGACUUAACUGAAAAGGUUCAGGUAAUGUAAGCGAAAAGUGUCCUGCGUAAGAUUCACUUUCCUCCUAGAUGGCCUGGAUGGGGACAGUUUCUGAAACAGUUCUUGAGCACAAUUUUCCAAACUGGGUGGAGGAUGCAGCACUACAUUUAAGAUUCCUGAUGGGCAAGAAGAACUUGUCGAGAGGAGAUGCCAUGACCCGCUCUCUGUGGACACAAGUCCGGGUGGCACGCAGUGCGCAGCAGCAAUGAGCAGGGCCGGGCGCCUCGGCCCAGCAAUCGGAGCUGGGACCGCCUGGGAGGCGAGAGGCACCACCCGCCCCUGUAUCCUCGGGAAGACCCGACCCUGAGACACUGAAACUUACUAUUUGAGCAAUUUGCUAUAGUCCAGGCGGUGAACCUGAGAACAUUCCUUAAUCAAACAAGAUCUUCUCGGAAAGAAACUUUCUGGGGGGAGAAUCUGGGUAAUUCAGCAUAUCCCUGCGCUGAAAGGAGGCUCCGAAUGUCCUUACAACUUCCUCUGGCUUCUUUGUCCGGACUUCGGCUGAGGGCGAGACGCCACGAAGUCUGGCCGUCGGUUUGGUGGUGGCAGGAGGACCUGGCGCUGGGGGCGCUGAGCGCCGGCCGCGCUUCCGGAGCCCGGUGGGCGGUGCUAGCGGAACGGGCGGUUCCGGCUGCGGCGUAAACAAGGGCCAGCGGCGGCGAGAAGCGAGCUGGAGGCGGGGCCGUCGGGCUGGAAGCUGGCACCGGCCCCAGCCCCAGCCGGACCUCUGCACGCCCUGCUCCGGGCCGGGUGCCUCCGCGCCUCCUGCCCGCGACCCGCGCCCGGGCGGCGAGAGGCCAUCUCCGCCGAGAGUGGUCUGGAGGACGCGCGCGCAGGCGGCCACGGAGCGGCCCUCACACCGUGCCUUUGGCCGCCGUCGCCUCUCCUCGCGCCGCCGUGCGUCUUCUUCCUUUUCCUUUGUCUUUUCCCCCUCGGCGGGUGCGGGGAUUGCUGGAAAAGCGAAGCGCUGCCUCAAGAUGGCCGAUGGCUACGAGGACCUGCGGGAGGACGAGCUCCCGGGGCCGGCCUACGAGGGCUACGAGUCCGCGGAGCUCGCCUGCCCCGCGGAGCGUAGUGGACACGUAGCCGUCGGCGACGGUCGUCACAUGUUCGUCUGGGGAGGCUACAAGAGUAAUCAAGUCAGAGGAUUAUAUGACUUUUAUCUGCCUAGAGAAGAACUAUGGAUCUACAACAUGGAGACUGGAAGAUGGAAGAAAAUUAACACUGAAGGUGAUGUUCCUCCCUCUAUGUCAGGAAGCUGUGCUGUGUGUGUAGACAGGGUGCUGUACUUGUUCGGAGGACACCAUUCCAGAGGCAACACGAAUAAGUUCUACAUGCUGGAUUCAAGGUCUACAGACAGAGUAUUACAUUGGGAAAGAAUUGACUGCCAAGGAAUUCCUCCAUCAUCAAAGGACAAACUUGGUGUCUGGGUGUAUAAAAACAAGUUAAUAUUUUUUGGAGGGUAUGGAUAUUUACCUGAAGAUAAAGUAUUGGGAACUUUUGAAUUUGAUGAAACAUCUUUUUGGAAUUCAAGUCAUCCAAGAGGAUGGAAUGAUCAUGUACAUAUUUUAGACACUGAAACAUUUAUUUGGAGCCAGCCUAUAACUACUGGUAAAGCACCUUCACCUCGUGCUGCCCAUGCCUGUGCAACUGUUGGGAACAAGGGCUUUGUGUUUGGAGGCAGAUAUCGAGAUGCUAGAAUGAAUGAUCUUCACUAUCUCAAUCUGGAUACAUGGGAGUGGAAUGAAUUAAUUCCACAAGGCAUAUGCCCAGUUGGUCGAUCGUGGCACUCACUAACACCAGUUUCUUCAGAUCACCUCUUUCUCUUUGGAGGAUUUACCACUGAUAAACAGCCACUAAGUGAUGCCUGGACUUACUGCAUCAGUAAAAAUGAAUGGAUACAAUUUAAUCAUCCCUACACUGAAAAACCGAGGUUAUGGCAUACAGCUUGUGCCAGUGAUGAAGGGGAAGUCAUUGUUUUUGGUGGGUGCGCCAAUAACCUUCUUGUCCAUCACAGAGCUGUAAGUACACUACCUUUUAUUAAAGGACACUUCAUAAUAUUGCUGAAACUUUCUUGUGAAGUACUUUUAAUGUGCUCUUCAUAUCUGUUUCAGGCACACAGUAAUGAAAUACUUAUAUUUUCAGUUCAACCAAAAUCUCUUGUAAGGCUGAGUUUAGAAGCAGUCAUUUGCUUUAAAGAGAUGUUAGCCAACUCAUGGAACUGCCUUCCAAAACACUUACUUCACAGUGUUAAUCAGAGGUUUGGUAGUAACAACACUUCUGGAUCUUAAGGCUUCGUAGAUAAUGUCUCUGAUCACUUGCAUGGACAGCAAUUCUGUAAACAUCCCGAGUGACAUUGUUUAUAUAAUUAUAUGCAUUGUUGUAGUUUGCAGCUUUUUGGUCUUAACGUGCAUGUGAAUGGCCUAGAGAACCUAUUUUUGUGUCUAAAGUUUACAAUAAAUGUAUUUAACACCAGUAA